GACUCAGUAAGCUACAUAAGCUCAGUUCACAGCUCAUAUUGUCAUUGUGUUCAUUGUCAGCAAUGUAGGCAAAUAGAGCAAACAAGACGCACCAUGUUCUGCCCUGAAUGUGGAAUUCAAGUGGAAAAGUCAUUUAAAUUCUGUCCUGAAUGUGGUUUCAAGUUAUUCAUCUUGACUCAAAAACAAACUCAGGAUGUGUCCACAUCAGGACAUCAAUCAUCAGUCACUGCUGGGGAGAAGAACCAAAAGGAGGAUCAAGACCAAGUUCUAAGAAAUGUUAAAGAAGAAAAUGAAAACGUUGCCCAGACAAAGGGGCAGCCUGCUAGUGAUGGCUUCAAGCCAGCCAGAGAUCUUCAAACACCUCAGGACCCAGCAGAUAACACUGCUUGCUCAGGCACACUGGAAAAAGGAGCCACACCCUCACCCCCCAGUCACACACUCCCAGCUCGUGAAUCAGUCACUAACAGAAAGCCACAAGUCACAGAGACGUGUAAAGAGGAAGAGAGGCUUUCUGCUGCAGCUCAGGAAAGUGACGGUCAACCAUGCUGUGAAGCUGCCCCUGGAUCAAACCCGUCUCAGUCCACAAGGCUGCCCUCAUCUACAUCUCCUAGUGAUAAACUGACAGAGCAACCACCAGAGGCUUCAUUAGAUACUAGUACAGAGGAGAGCCCUGAUGCAGUGCAAAGUCCUGUUGAUGAGCCAAGUGCCAUUCAUUCUGAGCCAUUGUCUACCUCUGCAUCAUCACUAACAUCAACUGAAGGCUCCACUGCACCUGAAUCAUGUGGGCAAACACCUGAAGAAUUUCAUUCUGUGGCAAAGCAGUCUGCCUCUGAAAAAGAUAAAGAUAACACGACCUUUGAUGAGACACAAAAUAUUUCUGCAAGACCGCAUGACAAUGAAAAUCACACAAACACUGAGCAGCAUACAUUUGCUACACAAACUGCCAGGAAAGAAGACCAAGCUGCCAGAGAUGAGAGAUGUCACUCAGAAGAUCCAAAUACCAAAGAAACUGAGAAUUCUGUUGAUCCGUAUCCUGUAACAGAGGGAACACUCGCUGGUGAAUCGAUCACUAACAGGAUACCACAAGUCACAGAGACGUGUAAAGAGGAAGAGAGGCUUUCUGCUGCAGCUCAGGAAAGUGACAGUCAACCAUGCUGUGAAGCUGCCCCUGGAUCAAACCCGUCUCAAUCCACAAGGCUGCCCUCAUCUACAUCUCCUAGUGAUAAACUGACAGAGCAACCACCAGAGGCUUCAUUAGAUACUAGUACAGAGGAGAGCCCUGAUGCAGUGCAAAGUCCUGUUGAUGAGCCAAGUGCCAUUCAUUCUGAGCCAUUGUCUACCUCUGCAUCAUCACUGACAUCAACUGAAGGCUCCACUGCACCUGAAUCAUGUUUGCAAAUACCUGAAGAAUUUCAUUCUGUGGCAAAGCAGUCUGCCUCUGAAAAAGAUAAAGAUAAAACGACCUUUGAUGAGACACAAAAUAUUUCUGCAAGACCGCAUGACAACGAAAAUCACACAAACACUGAGCAGCAUACAUUUGCUACACAAACUGCCAGGAAAGAAGACCAAGCUGCCAGAGAUGAGAGAUGUCACUCAGAAGAUCCAAAUACCAAAGAAACUGAGCAUUCUGUUGAUCCGUAUCCUGUAACAAAGGGAACACCCAAAAGCACAGAGGCUACUGACUCCAAGUCAGCUGAGAAAACAAGCACACAUGUGGCAGAGAAACAGGAACAGAAAGUGGAAAGCAGAGAUUUAGAUGUGCCCAGGCCAUCAACAACCAUCUACCCUGAAGAGAAGGCAGCAAAUAGCUUGGAAACAAUCACUAAACCUCAAUCUGCCCAAAUUUUACCAAGCAGUGAUUUGUUACCAGUGUACUUCCAUGCCGUCACCUCCAAAGAUUUGCAUUUGGAUCCAGGCAAGGAUUUAAUUUUCUUAAGGUCUGGCAAAUUAUUUGGAACAUGGGAUGUACAUGGCCAGGAAAUGUCCUUCUCCAGGCCAACAGGAGACAACGGAUAUCUUGUUGAAGGAAAAGUUAUGAUUCACAAGAGCAUAAUUCAUGAGAGCAUACCCUACAAAUACGUAAUUUGCAAGCGCUGUGAAAAAGGCUAUGAGUGCAUGUAUGAGACCAUCUACCAGAAAGACAAAAACCAAUACAUCAACAGGUGCCUGACAAUCAAGCCCGAGCUUUUGACAAAAGAAGGGGAGUGGCACCAGUAUGAUGAUGUGAUCCAUCUCGAGCUGAAGAAGGGUGUGUGGCCUUGGAAUUCUUCUACCAAAGAAGUUGUGAUGAAAGAAAGAGACCGAGCUGGCCGGGUGAUGCUGAAUAUCAUCUUUGACCUUCUUACAACUUGGAAUGAACCAAAUGUGGACAACUUCUUUUGCUUGCUACAACAGUUUUUUGUAACGUACAGCUCUCCUGUACUUCAUGAUGAUUACGAGGAAAGACCGUGGGGAUUGUCAUAUGGUCAAGAACAGGUAAAAAUCCUGCUCAAAUCUUUUCUGGAGAAAUACAUUAUUUCCCAGCAGCAAAAAACACCACAAUCCAUCCUGCCACCUCUGCACGCAGGAGUGGUUGCUUUGCUCGUUUUCAACAAAUAUCUGAAACAUGAAAUGACGAGCCACCUAUCUACUCUGUGCGAUCUUCUAUGCCUACCCAUGAAGCCACAACACCAUUUUUUGUCUUUCUGGGAAGACUUUGCAAGUCCUUUAGUAUAUAAAAAGAGUGUUGCAGAUGCUGUUGAGAUGCUUUGCAGCAAUGCUAGACGAUGCCAUAUUGAGAAGUGGGUCUUGGUCAUCCCUCUCAUUCACCUACUCAGAGGAGAAAGCAAGCCAUUUGAGGAAGUUCCACCGGUCUUCAAUCCACAGUUUGACUCAUGGACAGGCUUGAGGAGCAAUGAAGGAGCACAUGGUAAUGCAAGGUAUGCAAGUAGGAAUGUGAUCCAGAUCAUGAAACAACAUGCAUACCUGACAGACAUUGAUCAUCUUCUUGUGCACUCUUGGAUGUCUCUGCUGCGUGUGGAUGAUCUAAAAAGCUUUGUAUCUGGUGUGCGAGUGGAGCUUCUAGAUAUUCUUCAUUAUGUGCAGUUCAGUAUCAAAUCUGGAAUAAAUCACAAGGCUUUGAAAGAGUUGGCAUUGCAUCUCAUCGACAGAGAAGUAUAUCGCAACAACAAGUUUGAAGACAAAUAUGGAGAGUGUUGCCUGAAAACUGCGGCAGUGCUUCUUGGUUCUGUCUGCCGUUACACAACAGACCCAGAACACUGUGAUAUUCCUAUUUUCUUUCUUGAUCUGGUCUGUCUGAUUGCCAAAGCAUAUGACCACACUGAAUCCCAGUCAAGAGAGAGAAUUCAUGAAGAGUCAAUUGGGGAUGCAUUACAAACAAUGAGGCAAUGGCGGAGAAAUACCUUUAGAAACAAACUGCUUAAUGAAUGGAAUCGUUCACAUUUUUCUGUACCACGGGAAAUUGAGGUAUGGAAGAAAUUACUCUCACUAUCCUUCAGUCAUGAGGAACAUACUUCAUUUUGGAGAGCUACCUUCAUGGAGGAUUUUGAAGGGAAACUAAAACAAGAAAGUCCAGUGAAUCAGAUUGGAAUAUAUUCUGACAAGAUGGAAGAGCUGAGCAGAACGAGUCCAUUGUUAUGUAGCACAAUGGAGAAAUGUGCAUUGGAGGCGACUGCAGCUGUUUGUCAGGAUAAAUCUGGCAAAGCUCUAUCAGCUCUAUUGGAGAAACAUGAUAUCACAAAGUUUGGGAAGCUGAUGUCCGUUGUUGUGCUGAACUCAUGGCCAACAGAUGCAAAAGGAAAUUACACUCAAGGCGAGGACUUGGUAUUUGAGUACCUUAUAAAUUGGCCCAUGGCCAAAACUGUCUUCCAAAUGACAGGUGCAAGAGGAAAGCUGAUCGACAAAUUGUCAAAUGAAGCGCAAAUCCGGAUGACUUUGGCGAGUUCAGCAUUCAAAUCUGUGUCAGAGAAGUUCCUCAGUGGAGAGAUCCAAAUUAAAACAUUAAACCAAAUACUCCAGAAAGAAGAUGAGUUUGUUGACUUGCUGAAGAUAGAUGGCUUUUGUGAUGAUGGUCGUUGCAAAGAUGGCAGCAACAUGAAAAGAUUCCUGAGAAAAAGAAGGCAAGAAAUGGAAGCUGUCCAUAAUGAGAAGGAGCUGGUCAAGGUUCUCCUACAAAUCUGCCAGGAGCUUCCACAACAUGUCAAAGUUGACUUCAAGGGGUUGGACAAAACACUUCAUCAGAAUAUUGAGAUGAUGAAUCUAAAUGAAUUCAUGAAGGUUCACACUCUUGAUGGACAGACUUCUCCUGAUACUGGUCAGGUCACUUACUUUAACCUUUGUGAUAUCACCCGUCAAAUGGCUUCAGAACUUCAUGUCAUUAAUGACAGCACAAUCUUCAAAAUGUGCUGGAAAGCUCAAGUGGAAGACCUGUCUCAAGACCAACCUGAUGUAGAUGGUACUGAAGAUGUCAGUGUAAAUGAAGAAAUCUACACUCUUGACUUGGUCUACAGCAAAAUAUUCCAGAGUUGCUACAGCAGGUACAAAGACCUUUAUGAAGGUCUGAAAAGUGGGGAACUGUUACUGGAGGAACUUGACAGCAUCUUCAACUUUAAAGGGAACUGCGAAGACUUGCAAAAAGAGUUAGACAUCAUGUGCAGAACAAAUCCCCGUGAUGACAGAAGAUGGAUCAGAGAAAGGAUUCAGCAGAUUCAACAGUACUAUGAACUUUGUAGUACAAUAGAUUCUGCGAAAAUCAUCAUGGAUAUCAGGAAUGCAAUAUGUCCAGAAGGAGACUUCAGAGUACUGGAGAAAAUGCUGCAAAUGAAUCAAACUGACUUCAAGAAAAUGAGCCUGAACUGCAUCGAUAAUACCUUCGUGGAGGCCCACAAGAUUCUGAUGGACAUUACAAACGACCGCAGGGAAUGUCUUUGGCAACUUGCACAAAGCCGAGAGUUUGUCCUGUGGAUUAAACAAGCACUCGAAGAUAUCAAUGAGCUGAAAGUUUUUGUCGACCUGGCAACCAUAUUUGCUGGAGAAAAUGACCUGGAUGUGGAUCGAGUGGCCUGUUUUCAUGAUGCUGUCCUUGGUUAUUCAUCUAUGUUGUAUGGACUGAAGCGGGAUUCUGAUUUUGAGGCCUUCAGUGAGUUGCUGUUAAAAUUGUGGAGAGCACUUGAAAAUGACAGAAACAUACCAAUGAAGCUGAGGGAUACUGCACGCCAUCUGGAAUGGUUGAAGACUAUAAAGGAAAGUCAUGGAUCUGUUGAAUUUUCAUCUCUGUCCCUUGCUACAUCCAUCAAUGAGAGAGGAAUAUAUACCAUCAAGGCUGAACCCCAGAAAAAGCUCACUUUAGGGACUUCCCUGAUGCUGGAUAUUCAGGACCAACAUAAGAAAAGCAUGACAUGCACCUAUGAGGACCUGAAAGAGUUGCAAAAUAAGCUUAUGCUCAUGUCUGGAAGAGGACAACAAAAUCAAAGUGAAGUUGAACGCUUUGCUGAGGUAUUUGAAAAUGUUCAAAGACUUGCCAAAGCAUUUGUAGACCUUUAUGCUGCAGGGAAUCCACUCUUCAGGUGCUGGGAAGCUAAGAUUCAUUGUAAAACUCAGAGUGACCCAUGUAUCAUUAUGGAAAUCAACUUUUGCAAGACCCUGCAUUGCAUCCAACUUUGUGGAAGUCUAGUUGAACAACUUACAGCGCUAUCCAAGAAGAUGGAGUUGUUUCUUGAUGACUGGCUAAACUUCAUGGACAAACAAAGAUCUUAUCACUACUAUUUAAACUACUUCACAGCAGAACAAAUAUUCUACCUGUGCAGUGUUUUGAGUCCGACAAAUGUGAAUACAGAAAUAGAGGAGGAAGCUUUGAUGAUGCUCUCUUUCAUCAAACCAAACUGCACAACGUCAGAUGUCUGGAAUACAUGGAAAAGGUUUCACAACCAGUUUGAGCCCGGCAAAAGGAUUAAUGAAGAUGUUCCCUUUCAAAGCCAUUUUCUUCCCCAGGAUGACAGUGUUUUGUCUUCAACCAGUGUGAGUCAUUUUACAGCUGAUGAUCCGGCAAACAUGGCAGAUCAGGUUGUUGGUUUGAAAGAACUGGAAGAGUUGUGGAAUGGCUACAUGAACAAUGAGGGCAUAUUUUUUAUUGACCUUUUGGACAUAAGGGGUUUAGGGGAUCUGUUAAAAAUGAUGACCGAAAACCAAAGUGAAAAUGAAUGGGAAGAACCAGUGCUCUCAGACACAAAAGACAAUACACUCAGAAGAAAGCUGCCAAAAGGCCUCUUCUCAGACCAGCCUAAUCUCAUAAUCUGCCCCCCCGAUGAGGUCCUGACUUCAAGUAUCUGCUUGUACAUGACCAGUGACUAUGAUCCACUACCAAGUUAUGAUGAGGUUCUCUUGUGUGACCAUGCAACAUCUUAUGAGCAAGUAGAGCUUUUCCUGAGGAGAUGUCUCAUACCAGGUGACAUUCACCAGAAGAUUUACACGAUGCUCUGGGCAGACAAGCUAAACUAUGAUGUUAGCUGUGCAAUGGAGAAGUGUUUUCAGAAACUGCGUUCCCAGUUUCAACACAAGUACAGGCUAGUGAUCUUGUGCAGCUCUGACAGGGAGCACAGUUACAUUCCUACAGCAUUCAGUCAGUUCAAAAGAGACUUUGUGCCACAAGAGACAUUGGGAAGGAUCCAAAAAUACUUGGCCAGACAUUACACUGUCCAUUCAGAUCACAAGAAUGCCAUGUUCAAAGGUUGCCAUUCUGUUGGUAUUGUUGCUUCCCAACGUGCAGGAGUAGGCAAGUCAUUGUAUGUCCAAAGGUUGUAUGAAAAGCUGGAGGGAAGUGCUGGGCAAGGAACUGCAUUUAAGAAGAGCAUCCGACUAACUGAACGUGAGAUUGAUGACCACAAGGUUCUCCAGUCUUUAUAUAACACACCAAAGCAAAAAGACCUCAAUGUGUUUCACAUUGAUGUCACAUCCUCGGUGCAAAAAGGCUUAAAUAAAUUCCUAUUCAAGCUUCUCUUUUUGCGGUACCUGAUGGAUUCAGAUGGACGGAUGUGGCACUGCAGCACCAAAGACUUGUACAUCAUUGAGUUACUGGAAUCCAGAAAUGAUCAGCCUGUAUAUACCCCCAGAUAUGGACAAAAGGAGAGCUUUGCUUUCUCAGAUGUUUUCCCUAAGGUGUAUUGUCGCCCACCAAAGGAGGUUUGGGCUUUUGAAAUAAAGAGAGAGGAAAAUGCUAACGUGGAGAGUGACGAUCCCCUCAUGGAUGACAAAUGUUUCAGGAGUGAAGCUUAUCAAAGACCAUACCAAUACCUUACACGUUUUUACAAUGGUGACAAUCUUGACAACUUCACGUACCAGGGCAUUGAAGGAACUCACGCAAAGUGUCUUCAGAUACUUUUGAUCUACUGUGGCGUAAUAGAUCCAUCGUGGGCAGAGUUACAUAACUUUGUCUGGUUCCUUAAUCUUCAGCUGCAGGAUUGUGAGAAUUCAGUCUUUUGCAAAGUGGAGUUUGUUGGAGACACUCUUUUUGGGUUCAAAAACUUUGUGGUUGAGUUUAUGAUCUUGAUGUCCAAAGACUUUGCAACCCCAUCACUAUGCAUGAGUGACCAGAGCCCAGGGAGGCAACACAUUGACACGAGUGGGCUUAAUGAAAGAGACUUGGCUCCAUUUCUCAUUAGAAAGAGGUGGGAAUCUGAACCACACCCAUACAUCUUUUUUAAUGAUGACCACAUGUCGAUGACUUUCAUUGGAUUUCACCUGAAACUCAAUGAUCAGAAACAGGUUGAUGCCAUAAAUCCCUUGACAGGAGAAGUGAUUAAGAGGAACAUCAUGACUCAACAGUUGUACACUGGCUUAAGACUUCAGAGAGUCCCUUUUAAUAGAGACUUUGAUCAGCUUUCCCGAUGUGACAAGAUUGAGUGUCUGUGCAACAUGCUUGGCAUCAAGUGGCCAACAGAUCCAGAUGAAACUUAUGAACUGACCACUGAUAAUAUUCUCAAAAUGAUGGCAAUCCAUAUGAGAUUUAGAUGUGGCAUCCCAGUCAUCAUAAUGGGUGAGACAGGAUGUGGUAAGACAAGGCUCAUUAAGUUUAUGUGUGAAUUGAGAAGGUGCGGUGCAGUAGCAGAAAACAUGAAACUUGUCAAAGUUCAUGGUGGAACUACAUCAGAAAUGAUAUAUGAGAAGGUGAAGGAAGCAGAAACUCUUGCGAGAGCCAAUAAAGAGAAACAUGAAUUUGACUCAGUUAUUUUCUUUGACGAGGCAAACACCACAGACGCCAUCAGCAGCAUCAAGGAGAUCAUUUGCGAUAACUCUGUGCAGGGACAAAAACUUGGCUCUCAAACAGGACUACAGAUUGUUGCAGCAUGCAAUCCGUACAGGAAGCAUACCGACAAGAUGAUCGAAAGGCUAGAGGCAUCUGGACUGGGGUACCGGGUCAGAGCUGAGGAGAGUGACGACAAGCUUGGUUCCAUUCCUCUCCGCCAGCUCGUGUACCGUGUUCAUGCAUUACCCCCCAGCAUGAUUCCUCUUGUUUGGGACUUUGGCCAGCUCAAUGACUCGGCAGAGCAAAUGUACAUCGAGCAAAUAGUGCAAAGACAUGUGAAGGCCAACUUGAUUGAGAAGAGUUUUAUUUCAACUAUAACUCGGGUAUUGUCAUUAUCACAAAAGUUCAUGAGGGAGAAGAAAGAUGAAUGCAGUUUUGUCAGUUUGAGGGAUGUUGAACGUUGCAUGCACGUGUUCAUGUGGUUCCACCGAAAUCACCCCGUGUUUGUAACAGAACUAAGCAAAUUCCUUCAAGUGCAAUCUCAGAGGAAAAAAAACACCAGCAUGUUUCAACCUGCUAAAAAUAGAGUAAUCUGGUCACUCGUGAUGGCCACUGGAGUCUGCUAUCAGUCCUGCUUGGAGAACAAAAGUUUGUACCAGAGAGCUAUCAGCCCGUUGCUUCCUCAUGAAUACAACAUAAAGAGAGUAAACCAGGAAAUCCAACUCAUGCAGGACCUCCUACUCAAUGGUGUACCUAUGGGAAAGACAAUAGCCAGAAAUGAGGCUUUGAAAGAAAAUUUCUUCAUGAUGGUGAUCUGUGUUGAGCUAAGAAUUCCCUUGUUUAUUGUUGGGAAGCCAGGGAGCUCCAAAUCACUCUCCAAAACACUUGUUGCUGAUGCAAUGCAGGGCCCUGCCUCCCAUUCUGAACUCUACAAGAGGCUGAAGCAGAUACAUCUUGUUUCUUUCCAAUGCAGCCCCCAUUCAACUCCUGAAGGAAUCAUCAGCACAUUUAAACAGUGUGCCCGCUUUCAGGAAAAGAAAAAUCUGGAUGAAUACAUCUCUGUAGUUGUUCUUGACGAGAUUGGACUGGCUGAAGAUUCCCCAAAAAUGCCACUGAAAACACUGCACCCAUUACUGGAAGAGGGUUGUGUUGAUGAUGAGCCACAACCUCGUGAAAGGGUUGGAUUCAUUGGAAUUUCCAACUGGGCACUAGACCCUGCCAAGAUGAAUCGUGGAAUAUUUGUGUCCCGUGGAGAUCCAGUCCUGAAAGAGCUCAUCAAAAGUGCUAAAGGGAUAUGCUCGUCUGAUGAAACGGUUUGUGGAAACAUCAAACACCUCUUUCAGCCUUUUGCAGAAGCAUAUGAGGUCAUAUGCAAUGAAGGCAAGGGGUUUUUUGGUCUUCGAGAUUUCUACAGUCUGAUAAAGACUGUAUUUUCGAUUAGCAAAAGCAGUAAUAAGAAACCCUCUGCAAAUGAAAUCACUGAAGCAGUCCUGAGAAACUUCAGUGGAAAAGAUGAUGUGGAUGUGAUGGGCAUAUUCAGCAAACAGCUCAAAGAUGACUUUGCAAAUGCAAGCAUCAAUACCAGUGAUCUGGUCAAUCAAAGCAUCUCUCCAACUGACCAACUAGAUGAAAGUCGUUACCUCUUAAUCCUCACAAAGAACUAUGCUGCUCUUCAGAUUCUCCAGCAGAUGUUCUUCUCCCACAAAAUCCAUCCAGAGAUCAUCUUUGGGUCUAGUUUCCCAAAGGAUCAGGAGUACACACAAGUCUGUAGGAACAUUAAUCGUGUCAAGGUUUGCAUGGAGAUUGGACAGACAGUUGUGCUUCUGAAUCUUCAGAAUCUGUAUGAAAGUCUCUAUGAUGCUCUCAACCAAUACUAUGUGACCCUAGGCGGUCAAAAAUAUGUUGAUCUUGGAUUAGGAACACAUCGUGUGAAAUGCAGAGUUCAUAAAAAAUUCAGACUCAUAGUCAUUGAAGAGAAAGAGGUGGUCUACAAGCAGUUUCCAAUCCCCCUAAUCAACAGGUUGGAGAAACAUUACCUUGACAUGAACACUGUUCUUGGAAAUGAGCAGAGGGAAAUUGCCAGACAACUGCAGGAAUGGGUUGAUAAUUUUGUCUCAUCAACUGUCCAACGCUCCAUGAAAAAGGAUUAUAUUCCAAGUGAAGUCUUCAUCGGCUACCACUCAGACACGUGCUCCUCUGUGGUCUUACAAGUAACAGACAAUCGAAGUGCUGAAACAGAUGCUCAGACCAUUCUGAGCAAAGCCAAAGAAAUUCUGCUCAGCUGUGCCACUCCAGACUCUGUUGUUCGUUUGGACAAAUCCAGACUGCCUGAUGAAGAAAGAGAACACUUAAUAAAAGAAUAUGUUAAAGAGGAGAUGCACAGUUCAUUGGGAGACUACAUAGUCCAUCACAUACAACAGUUGGAACAGUCCCACUUCUUCACUGAGGUCACAACAUUUUCCAGGCUGCUGACUGCAGCGGACAUUGAACAACUGCAAGAAGUAAUACAUCUUGAUGAAAUUUCUGUCAAACUUCUGUCACUUCAGCAGUUUGACACAGAGUACUCUUUCCUCAAGAAAAUCAGGGAAUUUCUUGGCUUAGCACCUGAAAAGAAAGUGCUCAUCAUCCAAACACACUAUGAUGAAGACUCCCACAGAAGGAAUAUUCUUUCCUCAGCCAAGUAUUCAUGCAUCAGUGAAAUAAACAAGUGGACCUCUUCUGUCAACACAAAGACAUUUGUGUACUUUGUCACCAAACUUCCUCGAAUCGAGGGUGGGAGCUCAUAUGUUGGGUUUCAAUGCGGUCCUUGGAGGUCUGUUCACAUUGAUGAUCUGAGAAGGUCAAACGAAUUUAUGUCUGAUGUUCAUUCCUUGAAAAAUCUACGCAUAAGUGAACUUUUUGAAGAUCCUCCUGAGGCUAUGGAGACAGAAGACCACAAUGGUGUGCCACAAAAUGAUGGCUCCCAUGCUUUGAGAGAUUUGUUUCCUAAAACAGAUCUGAUGAGGAGUUGCGUGAUGAGUGCAGUGAGCAUGCUCAGAGAUGGAGCAGACAGUGGAGAACUCAGCACAAAGAGAGUUGAGAACUUGCUCACACUUCUGGAUGAAAAUGAGACACAAGGUGUGUUUGCAAAUAUUAUGAAGAAACGUCUCCACUCACUGUUAGAGGACUAUGAGGCCACCAUCCCAAAUCCUAAAAGCUGGGUUCUAAGGGAGGCAUCUAAUGUCAGUGCUCUUCAAGAGGGGGGAACAUUCCUACACACUCUGUGGAGGAAGAUCCAAGCAGUUGUCACUCCACUUCUAGCCAACUUGAUCUCAGUCAUUGAUCGAGACUGCAAUUUGGAACUUCUCCUGAAUGAAUGCGAGGACGUCAGGAACCUAUGGCUUGAAAUUUUUGCAAGUAAAGAGAUGCUCCAUGUACCUUAUGUGAGGGUGGAAAGCGACUCCAGUGUCUUCAUGGUGCAAAGCCAUAUCAUUGGUGGCAAUACUCUGCACUGCCUCAUGCCCUUCAGCUGGUGGAUCAAAGACUUCCUGGAUGGGCUCCUGAUGCAAACAUCCAGACAUGAAAUUUGUUCACCUGGUCAUUUUCAAGAGUUGUUCUGGAACACUCCACUUGGCAGUUACAUAGCAAAAAAUGUGAAUGACAAAAUGAAGAUACAAUUAUUUGAAAGGUACCUGCAGGAUUUUGUUUGCUUGACUGUGAAAGUGACAUCAGAUGAAGAAUUGCAGCUUUUGUGUCAGGCCCUGGCCAGCUGCAUUGAUGAAGAACGAAGACUAAAAAGAGAUGAGGAUGAACUUUCUCUUGCUCAUAUCCACGUUGCCUACCAUUUCUACCAAAGUCGUCUUCAGAACCUCUCAAGGAUGAUAUCCCUGCAGCCUGACAUAGUUUCUCCUUUGCGAAGAAACUAUCACAUUAGAAAUUGUCCAGAGAUGGUUUUGGAUGUCCAUGCAGCCAUGGCAUGUGUUGAAUGUCUGGAAUCUCCCAGCUUAGAUACUGAUGCUCACUGUCAGCAAUGGUUGAAGCAGGUGAAAAGGCUCCAGGCCUCUUUGGAGUUGAUUUGCUCUCAACGUAACAGCAGACAAUAUGGAAAGCGAUGCAAAGAAAGGCUCCAUGAGGUCAGCAAAGGCUGGAAGCGCAUCUGCAUCCUGUCAUUGUUUGCGGAGCACAUGCUGCUGGGUUUUCACUAUGAUGAGAAUCAGCUCAGAACACUGGUCCUGAAUCACAUUCAAACCCUAAGCAAAGUGCUGGAGGGAAACACAGAUGUAAAAUCAUUGAAGGGUUUUCAAGCUGUGAUUCAAGUACUAAAGUCCUGUAAACAGGCAGCAAGUGAUCAGAUUUUCAGGUUUGGACUUCAGUGUGUGGUGUGCAUGAGGGAGCCUCAGGACGCUGUGGGCCUGCCAUGCCGUCACAUCUGCUGUGCAACAUGCAUCAGGGCAAGCCUUGAUGCAGGACUGACAUCCUGUCCCAUUUGCAGGCAGGAGUUGCCAGAUGACUUUGAGCCACAUGUCUCUGAUGAAAUCAGGGCUUUUGUCAAGAAAAAUGCAGAAUUCAGGCGCCGAUGUAAUGGUUUCUUCAUUGAUCUCCUCUCCACGUUGUGCUUCAAGGACAACAUACCUCCAGACAGAGAAGUCAUCAAAGGCCUGUUGUCCUACCUGAUGAUCGAAACAGAAAAUAAACAGCUUCACACCAAAGAUCUGUCGCCAUUUGAUGAGUCCCUAGACAAAAACCCAGUUGUGCGAUCUGUGAUCCUCAAGCUGCUGCUGAAGUUCAGCUUCGAUGAAGUCAAGGAAUAUUUGCAGCAGCAUUUGUCAUCAGUUGAAGACAGCAGAUUUGUGGAUGAGGAGGAUAAAACGCAGCUUUAUGCCCUGUACAUCAACUGCUUGGAGGACUCCAUGUGGGAGAAAAUGCCUCAGGAAGGGAGCAGGGCUGAAGAGCUGAAUGCAUUUUGCAAUGAUGAAACACAAUUUCUGCGUUUCUUUUUGGCUGAAGUCACUUCCGUUCCAGCAACAGUGUCCAUUCAGCAUCUGCAGCACAUUGCACGAUUGCGUCUAUCCCUCACCUUAGCUGCCCAGCUCAUCAGUGAUAAUCUGUCCGACAACGACGUCCCAGAUGGUGCAGAAGAUUUCCUGAACAUGGUGAUUAAGCUCUGCGAGGACAGUGGGAAUGAUUGGUAUCGUGUUUACCUGAUCCGCAAGCUCAGUGAAUGGCAGGGUGUUGAGAUGGUCCAGACACUGGUGAAAGAGCCAAAGUUCCACUGGCUUUUCCCGACAGAGAUCCAUCAGCAGAGUGCAGACGGAGGCCAGAUGGACAAGUAUCUUGUGCAUGGAGAGGAAUACAAGGCAGUCAGGGACGCAGUUGCCAAGGCCGUAGUGGAUGGUGAUGUUGAGCAGAUAGAAGAAGUCUGCGAGAAUUGCACCGCAUCACCGAGGAAUCGAGCAAUAUUCCUCCUCCUAGCACUUUUCAGAGAAGUUACAACUCUGUACAGAUCUGCAAAUACGGGUCUUCAUCCAACCCCUGAGCAAUGCCAAGCAUUUGGAGAACUCAUCCAGGGCUCAAGUUAUCUGCAUCAAAGAGAAGUAAGGGAUUUUGCCUCAGCUUUGGUUCAUAACAGGCUGGGAACUCUGACCAUACACUCUGGUCAUACUAUUAUGGACAACACUGUCAUCGAGCUGACCAUCCAUCUGGCAGCUGUGCUGCUCACAGGGAGUCACCCUCUGGUGAUGCCACUCAAGCAACUUGGUCUGUUUCCUGAAAACAUGCAGGGAGCAUUUAUACCCACAAUGCCUGAUGACAUGUUAGCUGUUGCUCAGGCAGCCAUACAACAAGACUAUGGGCAGCUCACUUGGUAUGUGUGUCGAAAUAAUCAUCCAUGUUUCGUUGACGAGUGUGGCCUGCCUAUGAAGAAAGGCCAGUGUCUGGAGUGUGGCCAGGAGAUUGGAGGGGAAAAUCAUUUACCCGUGGAUGGAUUCAGAGCAAUUCCGCUGCAGCAGGAUCAUACAAGACCUGGUCACAUCCUGGGAGACCCUGAGCGUAGGGAAUCCCUUGAUGCCCUGGACACUAAAAACAUGUCUCUGAGUCCCUUCACUCUGGUCAGACUGGUUACACAUUUGGCCAUGUUGCUGGGAGCUUCAGAGAAGUCCCAGUUUGUCCAGCGUAUCAUCCAGCCGCCCGUGGAGGAUGUUUGUUUGUUCCUUGAUCAACACAUAAUAAUGGAUCUGGAUCAGCUGUCAGAGGCCCUGGGAAAAGGAGCUGAUGACACUAUUACAACGGUCCAUUGGGUGCUCAGAUCCCUGCAAUUACUAGUGCAGUCAAGUCACUCUGAUACUGAUCCUUACCUAAGAACCAAAGCAUCCAGAAAUGCCUGGGAGAUGACUGUGGCCACUGAUAUUAUGACGCCUCAGUUGAAGGAACUUGAUCGACUCCUGCAAGAAGCAAGGGACAGCAUCAGUACUGACUCCCGUGUUUCUUCAAACUUCAUCAUGAGGACGACCUUCAGUGAUGAUUGUACCUUCCUGACAUCUCUGGCUCAGGGCUCUGAGGUCCACAGCUCAGCAGUGUGGAGCUGCAGGGAGAGGCUGUCACUGCUCAGCCUCACACACACUGUGGAGCAGCUUGGCCAAAAGGAAGAGUUGCCUCUUCUCUGGAGGUUCAUGCAGAAGGAGAGAGAAUUUCGACAGAUUAAGUUCCUUCCAGACAUACUCAUCCUGCAGAAACGCUUGGUGAGAAAGUUCCAGAACACUUCUGACCAGACAGUGGGCUCCAUUGAAAAAUUCAUUGAGAGCCAGACAGAAAUGAAGACAUGGUAUGACAAACACAUUGACAUCUUCCUGAAAACAUGGAAUCUGCUCAGAGUGUCAGUGAGCAACAAUGAGCUGAAGAUCCCUGAUGAAUUUUGCAACAAAGACUUGGACCUGAAAAGCGACCUGCUGUAUCUCCUGCCUCGGCGACAGGGUCCAGGUCUGUGUGCCACUGGGCUAGUCAGCUACCUGGUAUCGUUACACAAUGAGCUGGUGAGCGCUGUGGAUAACCACACUGGAGAGAACAGCAGCAGUUACAAAGUGAAUGUGGGAGACCUGAUGGAGCAGCAUGUGAUCAGCUAUGAGGUGGAGAAAGACCUGCUUCCUCUAGUUUUGUCCAACUGCCAGUACAGCUUAGAACGUGGCCAUGAGACGAUAUCACAUUAUGACCUGCCUCAGAUCCAGCAGCAGAUCCUCACCCGCUUUCUUCAGGGAAAACCCCUCAUCACCCGCACAGGAAUUCCCACUCUGAUCAACACACAAGAGAGGGACUAUGAAACAAUUUUCAAAGCAGUUAAAGCCAAAGUGCAUCAGGAUACGAUGUCCCGUCUGACCCAGAAUGCCUUGUCCAGAGACUUGAACUCCUACAGCGAAGUGUGUGAGGCACUGAAGAUCGUGGAGCUGCUUCUGGGUUUUCUUUCGAUGACUGGUGGUGAUCCCAUGAUGUCGGCAGUCACUUACCUCCAGGACAUCCUGAAGAUGGCAGACCACAUCGAUCGUCAUGUAUUACGAGCUCUGGGCAGAUGCAACCUCAGACACUGUGUUUGUCUGUGGCAACUGCUCUCCUCCCUAAAAUCUGAAAACAUGCUGCGUCUCAGGAGGGAGCCCUUUCUGAGGUAUCCAACUGAGUAUCAGGAGCCACUGACAGAAGAAGACAAGAUUGAACUGAAUGGCUUCCUGUCCAGGGGAAAUGUGGACCAAUGGCUGCUUGAGAUGCAUGAGUUCCUUUUGUUGCGUCUGGGCCGCCUGCAGGCCACCAAUGACUACAACCCUUCCUGGAGUGUGAAAGAGACAGUGUCUGCCUACAUGGACCGUAAAGAAGUGGAGGUGCCACUUUACGUGGACCAGAGGUUUCCUGAUAGUCUGCAGCUGUCCAAGAUUGUGGAGACCUGGAAGUACUCUGUCACAGCCAAACAGGACUUGAUGACAGACAGAUAAAAUGGAUGAGCUCAGAGAGAUUUGAGUCAGGUUAAAAAGACCAGAGGAAUUUGAUUUCGCUUUUUAUUUUUAUAUUUUAUUUUUUAAAUAGCUUUUUCUGUGAUGCAUGAAAUAUGAAAAAAUAAACUUUAGACUCUACAGAAACAAUGAAGCAUAUCAAGACUGAUUAAACUUAAAUACAUAAUGUCUUGAAUAUACAGUUUGUUUGUUACAUUUUUAUUGCAUACAGUUUUACUAUUUGACCACCAAAAUCUUAUUAAGGGUAAUGAAUCUUCAUGGUGGUACAGUGAACUAGUGAGGGAAAGAAAAAAAACAUUUACAUCUUAGUUUUGUUUUUCUCAUACAUUUAUGUUUUUUUUUUUUAUCUUAAAGUAAUGUUUAAAAGAAAUGUUCUGAUAAAAUUAUUAGACAUUGCUGUUUGUUCAUUUGAUAUUUUUGACUAAUCUGAUUUAUGCUUGUUCAUUCAUUUUGUUGUGAUGUUAAGGGUUGUGACAGUGUGGGACCUUGUCUCACGAGUAACCGCAGGGAUGUUUUGAAGCAUGUAUUUCUCUCCACUUUUCACUGAACUUUCAUAGUUUCAGAAAAAGAAGGAAGUGGGAAACAAAGCAUAUUUUUAAGGUUUCUAAGUUUUAAAAUGUUUCAAAUUAAACAAAUAUUUUUAUUUACUUUUAUGUUUUCAGCCAGAUCAUAAUGUAUGGUACAAGGUUCACAGCUGUUCAUUUUCAAGUGGAAAAUGUUCAUAUGCAUAUUUUAUGAUUAUAGGAUUAUUACAGUUUUAAGUGAUUACUUUUGUAGUGACUAAUAAAUGAUUUCAGGAUUUUAUGAUUUAGAUGCAAUCUGGCUGUUUUUAAGCUAAGAGAAAUGAAACUGUUUUAUAAGUUUUACAUGUUAAUGUACCACCAUACAAAAUGUGUGAAGAUUAAUGCCACCAAAACAAAUGUUUUUUUAUUAUUAUUAUUAUUAUUUUUAAACAUUUGUCCCAUUCUACAUAUGAAUUGUUUUUUUCUUAAAGAACUGGUGAGACUUUGCUGAACUCCAGUUCUGUUCUGGGUUAGAUUUAUAAACCAAACAUUAGCUAAUCAUAAAGAAUUAUAACCUCUAUCAAAGUAAUGGACACACUUUGUGCAGCAGUAAAAUCUUUUGUCAGUUUGUUUCCAGGUUGUUUUGCCUGCCGAGUGUUUAGACAGAUGAUGUGUUCUCAAUAAAUGAGGCAGUUUUAACAAAAGUUGUUUAAUUCUCACAUUCUCAUGUAAAUAAAUUACAACAUCGUCUUCUGUUACAAAAAUAAAAUGAAACCCACCCAACAAGACACAAGUUGGACUUAUCCAUUUCAGACGUAAGAAUAUGAGAAUCUUCUUUUUCUGGAAAUCCAAAUGAUCAUAAUGUAUCACCUCACAAAUGAUUUAACAGAAGUUUAAGUUAUCAGGGACAGAUUUCUGGUCCGCCCCGACUGUUCGUGUACUGCUGUGAUCGGACCGUACAACGCAGCAGACUAACAGGUUACAAACCACAGAAUGUUACAAACAACACAAAAGUAAAGAGCAUGUAAAAAAAAUAUGCAACAGAAAUUGGGGCUGGGCACUUUCUUUACCAUGAAAACUA